AAUUCAAUACGAACAACGUCUUAUUUCUAUAAACGGAAAUUUGUUUGUUAAAAAAAAAAGAUGGAUCUGACCGAAUUAUAAAACUGAACUCAAAUUGAACUUUGUGAAAUAUUAUUUCAACAGCUCUAAUACAGUCUUUUUAGAUUUUAUACAUGUACGCAAACAUCGUUAUUUUACGUAAACAGAAAUUUAAAACUGUAAGGUGCCAAGAAGUCUGGUGUUUCUAUGGAAUUUCUUAAAAAAUGGUUUGUUUAGUUAUGUGUACAAAACAAAAUAAUGAACCAGAGUGUGUUUUUCUGAAAAGACACCGAAAUCCCAAAAUUCAUUAAAAUAUACAUGACUGAAAUAUGAACAUGUAUUGUCAACAUAAACCUGAUUAUAUCAACAAAAGCUAUCGAUGCUAUUGGAAAUGUGUAUAUGUCAUAUCUUAUUUCUAUAGUUAAACCAAAAAUGUUCUCGUUAGUUGAAGCAAAGAAUACAGUUUAUUUUUUAUAUAUCAGGUUUUCAAAAUGUCGUCAACAAGUUGUUGUCAACUCACAGCAUCGUCAAUCGUGGGAAAAUGGUUUACAGAGUAAAUUUGAUUGGUUAAGAGUUUUCAACCAAUGAUAUUGUAGGUGUUACUUUAUUCACUUAGUAAUAUAAAAAAAAAGGUGAGAGGAAAGUUUGAGUUACUUGCCGAGAAAUAUUCACUUAUUACAAAUACAUUUGAAGUAAAAAAAAUGAAAAAAAAAAAAAAAAUGAAAGAGAAUCGCUCUAAAAUAUGUUUUAAUUAUAAGGACCACGUCAAGGUUAAUACAUGGAGCGAGAACAGAUGUGUGUAUGUGCACAUUAACAAAUAUCACAAAAAUGGAGAGAAAAAAUCGCUGAGUUUCACUGCUGAAGCAUUUAAGAAACUCAUGGACAAACGGGAGUUAAUCUUGGAGUACAUCCAAGAGAAGGAUGAUGAGAAUUUGAUAGAACAAGAAAUGAUUAGAAUUGAACAGUCACAAGAUAUGAAGGUCAAACAAGGCACUAGUGCCCAAUCGAUACAGACUCCAAUGUCGAUACAGUCAGCAUCCAUGCAGGGAGUAUCCAUGCAGUCACCUGGAGCAAUGCAGGCAGUAUCCAUGUAUGCUCCUGUACCUAUGAAGCCAGUAUCCAUGCAGCCACCUGGAGCAAUGAAGCCAGUACCUACGCAUGCUCCUGUCUACAUGCAGGCAGGUAGAGGUCGGGAACAGUAUCAGCUGCUGGCUACCUUGCGAGCGCAAGAGAGAGAGAGAGAGAGAGAGAGGGGGAACGAAUUGCACGUGAAGCAAAUUACACUUCCGUGAGCCCAACACCAGUCACAUAUAUUGAAUAACAGUAUCAGCUGCUGGACACCUUGCGAGAGAGGGAAAGAAUUACACUUUCGUGAGUCCAACACAGUCACAUAUUGAAUAACAUUAUAAGAACAAACAUAUUGGGUAGUACUAAGAACAAACUGUUCAAAACAUACUGUGUAGUUUAGUUUAGUUCAUUUCAAUUAAAACUAUACUUAACUAUUAGUUUUUCAGUAAUAAAUUACUAUCUUAUCCUA